AUCUAUCUCCGUGGAAGGUUUUUGGGUUUUUUUUUUUUUUUGCCUGGCUGAGUUGAGCGGCUUCCACCAUGGCGGAGAUGGCAGAGCUUUGCGAGCUGUACGAAGAGAGCAACGAGCUGCAGAUGGACGAGGGCGAUAUGGAGGUAGGCCGCGGGGCUCGCGGGCCGGCCCCGGAGGAGGGCCCCAUGGAGGAGGAGGCCGCGCCGGCCGCCGCCGCCGCCCGCGCCCAGCGCGGCCUGUUCGCCGAGGCUGGCGCAGACCUGGAGGGCGACGAGUUUGACGAUUGGGAGGACGACUACGAGUUCCCGGAGGAGGAGCGCUGGAGCGGCGCGAUGCACCGGGUGUCCGCCGCCCUGGAGGAAGCCAACAAGGUGUUCCUGCGAACGGCGCGAGCCGGCGAUGCCCUGGAUGGCGGCUUCCAGGCGCGGUGCGAGAAGAGCCCUUUCGACCAGCUAGCGUUUAUCGAAGAGCUGUUUUCGCUGAUGGUUGUCAAUCGACUGACCGAAGAGCUCGGGUGUGAUGAGAUCAUUGAUCGAGAGUAAAUGCUGGCGAAAGAGGAGGAAACUACCAGAGAGGGAGAGAUUCAACGUUCUGCUGUUUUUGGGUUCAUUCCAAAUAGUUUUGUGCAACAAAAAAAAUAAAUAAAUAAAAACGGUUUUUUGUUUCUCGGAAUAGAAGACAAGACAGUGAGUGACCGUGCCGUUGUGGAAAAGGAGAAUCGAGGAAGGAGGGGCUCGGCACAAAGCUCCGGCUCAGACUGUUGAACGAGAUGGUGUUCCCUGCGUUGGAGAAGAGCUUUCCUGUGUUAAGCUUGGAAAGAUGGCUUUGCAAGAGGAAAUCGUGACUGCCAAUACAAGAAUCCAAUUAAAGAAUGAGGAAAAAUACAUCCACAAGAUAUCUUUGAUUCGAACUGAAAGCCUGUUGAGAAAACUUUCCAAAUUCUGUUUUUUGGUUUAUAUAAAUCAAUUAUCAGAAACUAAAUUUGAGGUUUAAGAUUAUCAACCCCAAAGGAUAAGCAGAGUAACUAUGUGUGGUGUACAAGUGUAGACGUGUUAUCAUGUGUACUAUUAUCUUAAAAUGUGUUACAAAAGCUUCUGGAAUUUUGACUGCACAUGUAUCUUCAUGAUUUAUAAAGCUACUGUGAUCUGUAAUUUGGAAAAGUCCAUUGUGGUGAUUUUUAAAGUUUAAAAAAAAAAAAACAACCAGGAUGUCUUUUUAAAAAAUGUUUUAAGUUCAUGCAUUAAAAUGUAUGGGAAAGCCCAAAGACAAAACUUUCUAAUACCUUUUAUACUAGGGAAAUUUUGCUUGCUGUUUUUUACCUCGACAGAUGGUAAGACUAAAGCUGAACUUCAUAUUGUAAGAACUGUUUGUGAGAAUUGUCAAGUAAAAGGAAACCCUGCCUGUAUCUAUAAAAGAUUUUAUGAGCUAUUAUGCUGUCAAACUUUGAAGGAUUUAAACCUGCUCAGAAGUCCACCUGGGUACCUGAUACUCAUAUUCUCUCUCUCUCUCCCUCUCUUCCUUUCUCCCCAUCCCUCCUUCUAAUUAUGCUUGUUAGUCCUUAUGCACCAGCAUUGGCGAUAAUAAAUUUUCCUGUUCUGUGUA